AUGUUUUAUAAUAUGUAUCGCAUAACAGAUGUCAAUGAGUGUGCUACGGAUAACGGAGGUUGUGACCAAAUAUGCGAAAAUACUGAAGGUUCCUUCCUGUGCCAUUGUUACCCAGGUUACUUACUACAUGCUGAUGGUUAUACAUGUUCCCUGGUCGUCACGUGGCGUCAUGACGGCAGAUGCGGACCACAUCACACGUUACCUGACAGCAGUCCGGGAGAGUGUGAUCCGACUGGUGCCGAUCCAUGUUGUGGACCAAAUGGGCACUGUGGCCAUGGGAAUCAAUAUUGUCAAUGUGGAACAUGCUUUGACUAUAGAGUUGAUGAAUGUGACGUGGAUAACGGAGGAUGUGAACACAUAUGCGAAGACACUCCAAGUUCAUACGAAUGUCAUUGUUAUCCUGGUUACUAUCUCGAUGACGACGACCACUCAUGUGUGGCUCUGUGGCUGGAAAACAAGAGGUGUGGACCCCUUCAUCCGCUUCCAAAUGGAGAUCCAGCGGAAUGCGACCCCCAAAAUCCAUACCACCAUUGCUGUGGACCGAAUGGACUAUGCGGACAUGGUAGUUACUAUUGUUCUUGUGAAGACUGUGUCGAUUAUAGUGGUCUCAUCAAUGAAUGCCUAGAUGAUAAUGGUGGAUGUGAGCACAUUUGUCAUGAUACGCACGAUUCAUACGUGUGCCAGUGUAAUCCAGGUUACACAAUCAAUCCGGAUGGAUACAGUUGUGACGACGAUAAUGAGUGCCAAGAUAACAAUGGUGACUGUGCCCAAAUAUGCUACAACACGGACGGGUCGUAUGUGUGUGACUGUGAACAUGGCUACGUACUAGAAGAAGACGGACAUAAUUGUACUGACGUAAACGAAUGUCUACAAGAAAAUGGAGGAUGUAACCACAAUUGCCACAAUUUACCUGGAUCGUAUUAUUGUUGGUGUGAGGAUGGGUAUUCUAUGAAUUAUGAUAACCAUACAUGUGAGGACAUCGACGAAUGUGAAGAUGAUAACGGUGGAUGUGAUCAAAUAUGUACGAACACAGACGGCUCGUACGCAUGCUCGUGCUACGAUGGGUACAUGUUACAAUUAGAUGGCGAGACAUGUUUAGAUAUAAAUGAAUGCGACGAGUAUGAUGGAGGAUGUGCACAUGCUUGCAUAAAUACCAUUGGAUCCUAUGAAUGUAUAUGCAGACCUGGGUAUUUCUUAAGUAAUGACGGACACCGGUGUCUGCCUUACUGGAGGGAGGACUACCGAUGCGGAGACAAUUAUACACUGGAGAAUGGGGAGCCAGCCGGGUGCGAUCCUCUGAGUUCCAGCUAUCAUUGCUGUUCAGACGAGGGUUACUGUGGACAUGGAUAUGAACACUGCUAUUGUCCAGACUGUAUUGAUUAUAGUGAUAUCAACGAGUGCUUAAAUAAUAACGGUGGCUGUGAACAGAUAUGUGAGAACACUCAAGGCUCCUAUGUAUGUCAUUGUCACCCUGGUUACGGUCUAGCAAACGACGGACAUUCAUGCUUUGCUUUAUGGCGAGCUGAUAAGCAUUGUGGACCACCUUGGCCAUUACCCGAUGGAAAUCCAUCAGAAUGUAACCCUGACAGUGCGCACGGUCAUUGCUGUGGUCCUGAUAACCAUUGCGGACACGGGCCUAACUCUUGUCACUGUGAGACCUGUAUCGAUUAUAGAGAUGUCAACGAGUGUGAUGUGGAAAAUGGAGGCUGUGAUCAUGUAUGCAUAAACACGCAUGGCUCUUAUUUCUGUGAGUGUCACUUCGGCUAUUUCCUACAGCUCGAUGGACAUACCUGUCGUAGCGGACGUCCCUGGCGACAUGACAAACAUUGCGGUCCACUUUAUCCAAUGCCUAAUGGAGAUCCGGCCGAGUGUAGCCCACACAGUUCUCAUAAUCACUGUUGUGGACCUGAUGGACAUUGCGGCCACGGGCCUGCCUAUUGUGAAUGUCCCUCUUGUAUCGAUUACAGAAGACAUGAGCACGAGUAUGAAUGUGAUAAUGAGAAUGGUGGAUGUGAACAUAUUUGCAAUGAUAGAUAUCAUUCACAUGAUUGUGAAUGCCACAUUGGUUACACACUAAAUGCUGACAAUCAUACGUGCGAUGAUAUAAACGAAUGCGAUGAGGAGAAUGGUGGCUGUGAAUAUGAAUGUGUGAAUACCAUAGGAUCGUAUUAUUGUGUUUGUGAAGAUGGAUUCAUUUUAGGAGAAGACCAUCAUUCCUGUGUCGAUGAAAAUGAGUGCCUGGACGACAAUGCUGGAUGUGAACAUCUCUGCAACAAUACGUAUGGAUCAUAUAAUUGUGGUUGUAAUGAUGGAUAUGAACUGAGUGAAGACGAUCAUUCGUGUGAUGAUGUAGAUGAAUGUGAUGAAGAGAUUGACGAAUGCGAGGCGACGUGCAGCAAUACAGAAGGUUCCUAUGACUGUGGUUGCCACGAGGGAUUCGAAUUAAAUGAAGACGGACAUACAUGUAACGACACAAACGAAUGCGAUGAGGGCUCUGAUGACUGUGAGCAAAUAUGUGUAAACACAUAUGGUUCUUACGAGUGCGACUGUAAUGAUGGUUAUACCGAAAACGAGGAUGAUCGCUCAUGCGAUGAUGUGAAUGAAUGUGAUGAAGAAAAUGGGGAAUGUGAACACAUCUGUGUUAAUUACGAUGGAACUUAUGCCUGUGACUGUAGACCAGGUUUUAUUUUAGAUGACAAUAAUAGAACGUGUUCAAGAUCAUGGAGAAGAGACCAAAGAUGUGGAGAAGAAUAUCUCCUACCAAGUGGCGAUCCAGGCCAAUGUAACCCAUUGCAUCCCAAUCGUCACUGCUGCAAUCGUGACCGAGGAGUUUGUGGGCGCGGUAGACAGUACUGCGAUUGCGAAAAUUGCACAGAUUAUAGAGACUAUGGAGAAGAAUGCGCCGUGAAUAAUGGAGGUUGUGACCAAGUCUGUCUGAACACGCUUCAUUCUUAUGUUUGUUACUGCAGUGCUGGAUAUAGUCUAAACAAUGAUCAACAUGCUUGUGAUGAUAUUGACGAAUGCGCUAUUAAUAAUGGUUUUUGCGACCACACAUGCACCAACAGUAUUGGUUCAUACAGUUGUUCCUGCGACUCUGGUUACACUUUAAAUCUAGGACGGUUUUGUAUUGAUAUAAAUGAGUGUGACGUAGAAAAUGGUGGAUGUGAAGAGAUUUGCGUUAACACUGACGGAUCUCACUAUUGUGAUUGCGUAGAAGACCACGUAUUACAGCCAGACGGCGUAACUUGUGAACACCCAGACGACGAAUAGUACUGAGAAGUUUUGAAUACUUAUAAUGCAAUAUUGAAUCCAUAGUAUUGUAGACGACGUAGACAGUGCUGACGAUUCUAGUUUGUCGGUUAUUUUCACAUGGGUUUACUAGAGAAGAAUGUAUGAUGUUAAUGUUGUAAUGUAACGAGUGUGUGAUUCAUGGAUUUUACUUAUAAUAUUGCUAAAUACGAGAAAUGUUUAAAUUUGUGUUCAAUGUAUGUAUAUUGCCCAUAAUUACUGUAGUCAAAUUGGUAUAUUCUUAUUGGAAGAAAUGUAUAAUAGUCAUUUACAUUUUCAUUAGGCAGUAUGAGCUAUUUCAUUAUUUGUAAAAACAAAAAACAAAUAAAAAAAACAUGGGGAUAAUACUUAUUUACUUUUUGUAGCAAAUAUUCCAUAUUAAGAAAUUAAGAGAGGUGCACAUCAAUAUGAUGGGUGAUGUUUUACUGUCUGCUUUGUGAAGUAAAUAUAAUAUUCCUGGUGGAGUAUAUGCCAAGUUAUUGUUUUGUGUUUUCGGGGGAGGGUUAAUUCCAUUUGGAGGAAUAUGAUUAAACAACUAGUUUGGAUAAAUGAAUUAUUUGUACUUUUGGACCAUUGGGAUGUUUUUGUAUAUACCGAAAAAAUGUGAAUAGUUGUAGUUAUUGAAUUAUGUUUAAUCUGAAUUUACCUAGAACCGAAUGUAAAAUAUAGUCGGAAUGGUACUACAUAUUAGACUUCACGUUCAUGUAUGUAUGUACGUAUGUAUGAUAACUGCGUGUAAAUACGCAAUGGUGUGUGGAAAGUGAGUGUAGUCUAUUUUUAGUAGUUUUAAUAAAAUUGACAUAUAUAUUAAGAAGUAUGUUAAUGAUUAAUUAUCUCAACCAAUUAGUUAUACUUAAUCAGUCACAGGAAUGAUAUGGUGGUUUCGAAAUAAUUUAGAUUAUGUGACAAAUGCUAUGUGGUUAUUAGGCACAUUGUGUAAUUAAACAUAUUAUUGUAGUAUGUUAAUCUUAAAAUUAAUUGGCAAGUGUUGCGAGAACAUCUUCUACGUUCGUUUUAUGUUAUUACAUGAGUUGAUUCCAGAAAGCCAUGGAAAGCUUAUGCAUUAUUCUCAACAUUAAUAAUAUAAUAUUACCAUAUUUAAUCAGGCACCUAUUACAAUUUGUAUCAUCUAUGUCCACGUAUUUAUGCAAAUGUUGAACUAUUAUGACAUCAAUACCUGGGCACUUUGAAUUUGGAAAUUAUCAAACACACUUGCGUUUCUGUUCAUACAAAAAAUGAGAUUUUUGCUGUGGUUUAUUCACAGUUGAAUAGUGUGUACUAUACGUCAUUUAUGAAUGAUAUAAUGUGUUGCUGGGUCUUCUGAUUCAUGUGUUGGUGAAUGUCCCAACAUGCACCGUUCUGAUUAGCCUCAACUAUUGAAAUAAUGAAAUGUUUAUGAGCAUGUUCUUGCUUUAAACUUGCAUAUUGUGGUGGUGGGUAAUUAACUAUAAAAUCGAUGAAUAAAUUAGUUGGAUAAA